AUGCCUCCUAUACCUCCAAACAAGAAGCCCCCCAUCCUCAACAGCAAAUUGUUCAGUCUAACGCCUCUUCAGCACACCUCGAUGGGUCCUGCACCCGACACCUUUCUCUCCCUAUAUCACCCAGCUGUACACACUGCAAACGGGCGCAUGCACCAUUCAGGUGGCACUCGGCAACCGACCCCGAGUUGCAGUGGAAUUCGAUGGAAACAAGCUAUUCUACAGGAAUUUGCUGCUCUGUCCUGUGUAAUUUGUCUCCAAUCUUUUGUAGCAUCUGAGAAGCAGCCAGUAGCACUGCCCUGCAGGCAUGUGUUCUGUAUUGGCUGCAUUUCUCGGUGGACGGAGCAGCAGGAUGAGGAUCGAGGGUACUAUGAGUGCCCCAAUCGAUGCUCAAUAAAUGCCAUGAACCAUGGCAUUCCGCACUCAGAUGCCAAAAAUUAUAGACAGCCGGAAGCCGACGAAGUUCUGGUCGGACAUUAUGUACCUCUCUUUGUCAACUUCUCAUCCGAAGCCGACAAGAAUCAGGCCUUUCUCUCAAAAAUUGCGCGGUUGGAGGCCGCCCUUGAAGAGAGCAAGAGUUUAAACAAGCAGCUGCGUGUGGACAACAGCGUACUUGAGGGGUCUGUCAGGCGUGGUGCAGCGGUCGUUGAAACCAUGGUCUCGGGGAUGAAGGCUCUCGAGGCGCAGCUUGAGGAAUUAAAGCAGGAAAAAGGGCAACUCGAGUCGCAGUUACAAGAAGUGGCUACGCUCGCAAUGGCAUUCAUCGAACAACACAACCAGUCUAACUCCUCCUCCUUACACACUACGGUACAAGAACGGCAAAUCGUCGACACUGCCUCUACGGAUGUCUCACCCACCACACCCGUAGAACCUUUGGAAGAUGAGAUCUCCGUUGCAGUUGCCGAGGCGCUCGAGCCCACGGUCCCAUCGGCCAAAUUGCGCAGGGACGCGGCAGCAGCUAUUUAUGACGGCCUUCGACACCGUCAGGCUGCAGUCGAAGGCGGCAAGGAGAAUGUCGCCCCUGUGGCAUCCACCUCACGCUUGCCGCCUGCCUCGUGCAGACCUCCUUUAACUUCCGGGACGUACCUUUGCUGCAACUUCGACCACACUACCACUAGGGGCAUCAGAAGAGGGGACAUCCACUGCAACUUCCAAUGUGGGUUAUAUGGGCAUGCACUUGACCUUUUGGGGGAUGGGUCACGCUUCCAAGUCGCGCCAGCGAUUCGUGUCCCGUACCGGAUGUAUGAUCUGACAUGGCUUUACUUGGACGUUCCUGAAAUUCUUUUUUUCCAGCUGGCGUACCUGCCUGAACAAUACCGCCCAUUUAUCUCCCACGCAAUGCGACGCAUCUACCUUGAUGUCUCCACUCAUGUGGAUAAAAAUAAAGCUCUAUUAAAUCAGAUUGCGCAACUUCAGUCAAAACUUACAGAGAAAUCAAAGUGCGAACAAACUCUCCGCCAAGAAUGCCACCGAUUACAGCUCGAGGCGAUCAACGCACGUGCGGCAGAGCGCAAACAGCUUGCAGAACUGUACAUGGCACAAGACGCAGUGUCUUAUGAAAAAUUUAUUCGCGCAAAAGACAAGAAACAGAUGGAGUCCAAGGCUGCAUUACUGCAGAAACUCAAUACAGAAUUGCACAAUAAAUGUUCCAAUAUGCAAUCUAUGUCGCAACUUGCAUCGUCGAGAAUUCAGUCUUUGGAAUCCACCAUGCGCCAGGCGGAGCAAACCAUACGGGGCCUUAGGGAAGAAGUUUCUAAACUCAACGCACAGAAAAGGCAUACGGACACCUCUUCUACUCCCAAUCCGCCGCACCCUCAAUCUGACACCCGAUCAGUAUACAAUUUGCGGUCUCGCUUAAACAAGAAUGGCUCAUUGUCGGUAUCUGGCCCCUCACCUGCGCCCAUGGAAUCGUCGACGGUCAGUAGGACUGUCAGCGAACCACUUCUGAAGAAGCAGGGUACCAAACGCAGUCUCGCCGAAGAUAAGACUAUGAAGAGUAUGAAGCGUAUAAAGAUUAUUCUACUAUAG